AUGGGCCGACCAAAGAGCAGCAAUGCGGGCAACGCGGGCAACGAGGCCAAUAACGAGAUCGAGCCCGUCAACGCCGGCCGCCUUCCUUUCUGGCGCAUGGUUUGGGAUCAGGGUGGUGUGACACCGGAAGUAGCUACCUACCCAUACGCAGGAUCCGGCACGGACUCGAAUCCCUAUGUCGUCCAAUGGAUCCCCAACGACCCUCGCGAUCCUAUGCUGUUUAGCAAAAUAGCGAAAUGGGGAAUCACGAUGGAAGUCGCGAUCGCCACACUGGCCGUAGCGCUCAUUUCGUCCGCCUAUACCGGCGGCAUCGAGGAGAUCAUGGCGCAGUUUCACAUUGGCAGUGAAGUGGCAACGCUCGGUGUCUCACUUUUUGUUCUGGGGUUUGCCGUCGGACCUCUCUUGUGGGCUCCUAUGAGCGAGCUGUUUGGGCGCCAAUUGCUGUUCAUUGGAACGUAUGCUGCUCUGACGGCCUUCAACGCGGGCGCUGCAGGUGCUCAGAAUUCCUGGACUCUUCUGAUCCUUCGAUUUUUUGCUGGCGCUUUCGGGUCGUCUCCCUUGACAAAUGCCGGCGGUGUCAUCGCUGAUAUGUUCCCCGCCGAUGAGCGCGGCCUUGCCAUGAGCCUGUUUGCCGCCGCACCUUUCUUGGGUCCCGUUCUCGGUCCGAUUAUCGGUGGAUUUCUAGGCAUGAAUGCAGGCUGGAGAUGGGUCGAAGGCUUCUUGGCCAUAUUCUCUGGCGCAUUAUGGAUCAUUGGCUCCCUUCUGGUUCCAGAGACAUACGCUCCUGUGAUCCUCCGCCGCCGCGCGGAGUACCUCUCCAAGGCGACCGGGAAGGUCUACCUGAGCAAGCUCGACAUCGACCGUGGUCAGGUCACCUUGAAAGAGGCACUGGGGACUGCUCUAUCUAGGCCGUGGAUCCUUCUGUUCCGCGAACCAAUCGUGCUGCUGCUUUCCGUUUACAUGGCCCUUAUAUACGGAAUUCUGUAUAUGCUCUUUGCCGCUUUCCCCAUCGUGUACCAGCAAGGUCGUGGCUGGAACUCCGGCAUUGGUGGCCUUGCCUUUCUGGGAAUCAUGGUUGGAAUGCUAUUCGCAGUAGCCUAUACAAUUCCAGACAAUAAGCGCUACGUCAAGAUCUUAUCCCGCCACGACGGAUUUGCGUCUCCCGAAGCCCGUCUGCCACCGUGCCUAAUCGGUUCAGUCGCGUUACCGGUUGGGUUAUUUUGGUUUGCUUGGACCAAUUAUCCCUCCAUCCACUGGAUGGUCAGUAUCGCCGCUGGUGUCCCUUUCGGCUUCGGCAUGGUCCUUGUUUUCCUGAGCAUCAUGAACUACCUGAUUGAUUCGUACACCAUCUUCGCCGCUUCCGUCCUCGCAGCAAGUUCCGUCCUCCGUUCCUGCUUCGGCGCCGCAUUUCCACUGUUCACUACUUACAUGUACGAUGACUUGGGUAUUCACUGGGCGUCGACGAUUCCUUCUUUUUUGGCUCUGGCAUGCGUUCCAUUCCCUUUCCUCUUCUAUAAAUACGGCGCUACGAUUCGAGCUCGCUGCAAAUUCGCCGCGGAGUCAGAUGCGUUUAUGAGGAAGCUACAACAACAGACCGAGAUAGCACCGGAACCGGACGAGGCCAGAGACGAAGCCGAAGAAAAGGAAGCCGAAGAGGUGCCUCAGCUUCAGACAACCGACUCGGGUUCUAGCAACAACAGCGAACUGACCGUUGGAGAUCUUCGUCCUCCCCUUCGGUCCAACUCAAUGGCCUCCACACGGACGACAGGAACCCUUCACCGAAUAAGGAGCGAAUAUCAGGGCAACCCCUACGAUAUUGAUCGUGUGAACACGCGUCAAAGCUUCCGCAGUUGA